AAAAACACACACAGCUCCAGCACAAGGCUUCAACAGACGGAGGGCACAGACAAAUCUAAAUCAAAACUUUCAGGAUCAUUGAAAGGAUGACUUGCACACUCACAUCCUGAGGCAGAGGUCUUGUGGACUCACUGACCGGGGUGGAUCGGGUGGACCUGACAAUAUAUCCUGUAAAUCGUCCUGCAAAAUACAAAGAGAGAUGGACGCUGAAGGCGAGGAGAAGCAGACCCAAGUGUGCGGUGGCAGCGGGGUUCUGACUGACUGCGUUGCUGAGGUGCCCAGCGCCGGCGCGCUGGCUGCCAGGAAGAGGAGCGCGCUCGACGGCGUCCUGGGGGCCCCCGUCAACAAGCGCAAGUCGCUUCUGAUGAGGCCGCGUCACUACAGCCCCAGCCCCGUCCCCAGCCCCGUCCCCAGCCCCGGACAUGGCCCCAGCCCCGGCCAAGCCAGCCGGGACCUGGAGCGUCUGGAGCGUCUGGAGCUGGACAGCGGCGAGUGGCUGCGCGCCCCCUCGCCUGCCUCCGCCGGCGGCCAGCUCAACGGCGUCCACCUCCACCUCAGCCCUGCCAAGCCCGCCAGCGACGAGCCCCUGGCCAGGAGGGUGCGCCUGGGCACCGAGCUGCACGCCGACGACGCCCUCCUGGGCUACAUGGGCCGACCCGGCGGCGGCCUCCUGGUAGCGGACGACCUCGCCUUCACCCGGGAGCCCAGCGAGGACAGCGAGGACGAGCUGCAGCACCACCACCAGCAGCAGCACCAGAACCACCACCAGCACCAGCAGCACCAGCACCAGCACCACCAGCAGCAGGCCCGCCUGGAGCCCAGCUGGGGCCCCGGGCUGGCGGUACGGCCGGUGAGCCUGGACCGCGCGCGGCUCAACCUGAGCCUCCUGGAGCAGGCCAUGCUGCUGCAGUCGGAGCAGCGGCAGGCCCUGCAGCACGCCUACAAGGACAUGGACCGCUUCCUGCUGGAGCAGAUGAGCGGCGAGCGCCGGCACCAGAGGAUGCUGGAGAUGAGCGCCGCUCGCGCCGCCUUCAACGGAUGCAAAGACUCCCUGCGCCCGGAUAAAAAGGAUGUCAAGUGCCCCACUCCUGGCUGUGAUGGCACCGGUCACGUGACAGGACUCUACCCCCAUCACAGGAGCUUGUCAGGGUGUCCCCACAAAGUCCGAGUCCCCCCAGAAAUCCUGGCCAUGCAUGAGAACGUCCUCAAGUGUCCCACCCCUGGCUGCACGGGACGAGGUCACGUCAACAGCAACCGUAGCACACACCGGAGUCUUUCAGGGUGCCCCAUAGCUGCCGCAGGGAAGAUCUCCAAACCACAAGAGGACAUGAACAUGAAGUCUAGGCAGCCGCCUGAUCGCUUGUCCAGCUGUUUAUCUAGACCUUCGGGCUUGAUGAAGAAAUUUGACUUCAGCCAGUUCAGUAGCUACAGGCUGUCUCAUCCCGUGGCUGCCUUGCAAGCAAACAUCUCCAAGGACAUGGACAAGUACAGCAAGAUCCACUUUGAUCACGCCAGCUUCGACGCACAGGUCUUCGGCAAGCAACCACAGUUGGCGCCCAACCAGGAUCAAGAAAUCUCUCACUUCUCUGAAUCUCCAUCGCAGUACCCCCUCUUCCUGGGCCUGGGAGGUCAUCUGAUGAUCCCCGGCGAUGGGCAGAGUCCAGUUUACUCCAAAACGGAGAGCGACGGUCUCCAGGCCUCCGCCAACACCGCCGCCGCUGCCACCGCCACCGCCACCGCCACCGCCGCCAUCCUCAACCUCAGCACCCGCUACCGCGACAAGAUGGAGGUCCUCUCCGGCCAGCCGCUGGCACCGGCCACAAAGGACAUGCCCAUAGAGGUGGAUGAAAACGGCACUCUGGACCUGAGCAUGAAGACCAAAAGGGAGAAGAUGAAGGACCAGACGUCGCUGCUGCCGCCACCUCCGCCUCCUCUGCCCGCGCCUCCUGCCAUGUCGCUGGGCGAGGGCCUGCCCACGCCGGUCUCCUCCAUGGCCAAAGCCAGCGGCCUCCACAUCCCCUCGGCGUUCUACCAGGCGCUGUGCGAGCAGGAGGGCUGGGACGCGCCGCUGAACUUCAGCAAGCCCCACAUGCAGCUGGAGCGGGAGGACCAACAUGACAACACUUCACUAGAUGACAAGGCAUAUGGAGGAGACCCUUGCUUGAUGAGUCCUAAAUCAAAGAUGCUUUCAAGAGAAGCAAAGAAGGAACUGAUGAGUUGUCCAACACCUGGUUGUGAUGGCAGUGGUCAUGUGACAGGAAAUUAUGCUUCCCAUCGAAGUGUAUCCGGGUGUCCACUGGCAGACAAGACCCUGAAGUCGCUGAUGGCUGCCAACGCUCAGGAACUAAAGUGCCCAACACCUGGUUGUGAUGGAUCUGGCCACGUGACGGGGAACUAUGCCUCCCACCGCAGCCUGUCAGGGUGUCCUCGAGCAAGAAAGGGAACUUUGAAGCUGACACCAAACAAGGAUGAAAAGGACGAGCAGGAAAUUAAAUGCCCAGUGGAGGGAUGUGACGGUCAGGGCCACGUGUCGGGGAAGUACACGUCCCACCGGAGCGCGGGAAGCUGCCCCAUAGCUGCCAAGAGACAGAAGGAGUGCUCCAUGAAUGGCUCGCCCUUCUCCUGGAAGGUGUCCAAGCAGGAGCUGCCACACUGCCCGCUCCCAGGCUGCAACGGACUGGGCCACGCCAACAACGUCUUCAUCACCCACAGGAGCCUGUCGGGUUGUCCACUGAAUGCACAGAGUUUAAAGAAGAAGCUGGCGGGGGACGAAAUGAUGACCAUUAAAGUGAAGGCAAGCAGCGGUAUUGAAAAUAAUGAGGACAUGCAGCACUUGGAUAAUGAGAUUAAGGAACUGAAUGAAUCCAACCUGAAAAUAGAAGCUGACAUGAUGCAGCUGCAGACUCAAAUAUCAUCAAUGGAAUGUAACCUAAAGACAAUUGAAGAGGAAAACAAGAUGAUUGAGCAGCAUAAUGAUGGCCUAUUGAAGGAAUUAGCUCGUCUAAGUCAGGCACUUAUUAACAGCCUAACAGACAUUCAGCUACCACAAAUGGGUCCUAUCAAUGAGCAGAAUUUCGAAGCCUACGUGAACACACUGAUGGAUAUGUAUAACAACUCAGAGCAUGACUACUCCCCUGAGUGCAAGGCCCUUUUGGAUAACAUCAGACAGGCCAUUAAAGGUAUCCAUGUGUAA